AUGCCCGCCCCGCCGCUGCCCGCCCUGCUCUGCCUCUGCGCGGCCGCCGCCUCCUUCUCCACCCGCGGCGAUUACCGCCUGGCCGGUCUCUUCCCGAUGCACUCCCCGGCGCCGCGGGCUGCUGCCCGGCCGCUGGUGGACAGCUGCGACGAUGCUGCCACCUUCAAGAGCCACGGCUACAGCCUGUCCCAGGCCAUGCGUUUCACCGUGGAGGAGAUAAACAACUCCAGUGCCAUCCUCCCCAACAUCACCUUGGGCUAUGAGAUCCACGACACCUGCUCGGAGCCUGCCAACCUCCACGCCACGCUGCGUGUCCUCAUCCAGAAAGGCAGGCAGGAGGUCGAGCUGCUCCCCACCUUCCAGCACUAUGAGCCCCAGGUGGUGGCUGUCAUCGGGCCUGACAGCACGCAGCUGGCUCUCACCACAGCAGCUGUGCUCGGCAUCUUCCUUGUGCCAGAGAUUAGCUACGAAGCCUCCUCAGAGAUGCUGAGCCUAAAGCGGUUCUACCCCUCGUUCCUGCGCACCAUUCCCAGCGACAGGCAGCAAGUGAAGGCCAUCUUCCUGCUGCUGCAGAGGUUUGGGUGGACCUGGGUCGUGCUGCUGGGCAGUGACAACACCUAUGGCAGGGAUGGCUUGGAAGCGCUCUACAAGCUGCUGACCACAAGCAACAUCUGUGUUGCCUACCGAGGCAUCAUCCCUGUCAACAAGGACGCCAGCAGCCCAGAACUCCACAACUUGGUCAGAAUCCUCAAGGACAUCAGGGUCAAUGUCACCAUUGUCUUCUCCAACAGAAAAAGCGCCCGCUCUUUCUUUGAGGUGGUGGUCCAGAAGAACAUCACGGGUAUGGUGUGGGUGGGCUCUGAAGACUGGUCGUUAGCCCCAGCAAUCUGGCAGGUACCUGGCAUCCAGAGUAUUGGCUCGGUGAUUGGGAUGUCAAUUGAGAAGACAGAGCCCACAAUGCUGGAACGCUUUGAAUCGUGGAAGGUAGCAGAGGGAGGUGCUGCAGCUGAACGUGCUGGCAGCACGGGGGCAGGUGGGGGGACCGGAGGGGAUGCCCAGCUGGACUGCACCCAGAGCUGCACCUCCUGCCACCUGCGUGCUGCUGUCCCCAACACGUAUGAUGCUCAAGCCUCCUUCAACGUGUACUCAGCUGUGUACACUGUGGCCCACGGGCUCCAUGACCUGCUGGGCUGUGCCUCGGGGGCCUGCAGCAAAGGCACAGUCUACCCCUGGCAGCUCCUACAAAAAAUCAAGCAAGUAAAUUUCACCCUGUACAAGAGCCACAUCUCUUUUGACGCCAACGGGGACAUUCAGAAAGGCUACGACAUUAUCAUGUGGAACUGGAGUGGCCUGAGCUGGGCCUUCAAUGUGAUAGGAACUUUCAGCGUGAACCCAGACAGGUUGAACAUCGACCAGAGCAAAAUCCUGUGGCACACAAAAGAUCAGCAGGCUCCCACCUCGCUGUGCUCCGAGGCCUGUCAACCGGGGGAGAAGCGGCUGCAGCGGAGCCGCCACCGAUGCUGCUUCAGCUGCGUGGCCUGUCCAGCAGGAACCUUCCUGAACAGAUCGGACCUCUACAGCUGCCAGUCCUGCAGGGAAGACGAGUGGGCCCCAGCAAGGAGCGAAGCUUGCUUCAACCGGACCGUCGAGUUUCUCUCCUGGUCUGAGCCCAUGUCCUGGGCACUGCUGACUCCCACCGUCCUCCUCAUGCUGCUCAUUGCAGGGCUGGCCCUCCUUUUUGCCCUGAAUGCCUCCACACCAGUGGUCAAGUCUGCAGGCGGGAAGAUGUGCUUCCUCAUGCUGGGCUCUCUGGCCUGCGCCUGUAGCAGUCUCUUCUUCUACUUCGGGGAGCCCACCCGGCACACGUGCCUGCUGCGGCUCCCCGUCUUUAACAUCAGUUUCACCAUCUUCCUCUCGUGCAUGGCAACACGCUCCUUCCAGAUCAUCUGCAUCUUCAAGCUGAACGCGCGCUGGCCGGCCCUCUACGAGGCCUGGCUGCGGCGCGGGGGGCCGGUGCUCUUCAUCGCUGCCAGCACGGCAGCCCAGGCGGGGCUGUGCCUGGCCCUGGAGGCCGCCAGCCCCUCGGAGCCGCGCAGGGACUACGGCGCGUCGGCCGAGCGGGUGGUGCUGGAGUGCGGCGGGGUGGGCCGGGCCGCCGCCAGCGCCCACACCGUGCUGCUCAGCGCCUGCUGCUUCGCCCUCAGCUACGCGGGCAAGGACCUGCCCGCCAGCUACAACGAGGCCAAGUGCCUCACCUGCAGCCUGCUCCUCCACCUCGCCUGCUCCGCCGCCGUCCUCUGCACGCAGGGCACCUUCCGCGGGCGCGGGCAGGGGGCGGCCUGGGUGCUGGGCGGCCUCUGCAAGCUCGGCGCCCUGCUGGGCGGCUACUUCCUCCCAAAGGCCUUCGUCAUCCUGCUGCGGCCGCAGCACAACACACCCCAGCACUUCCAGACGGCGAUCCAAAGCUACACGCGGCGCCGGGACGCCUGAGCGCGGGGGCAGCGGGGCCGGCGCGGGGCCCGCCUUGUCCCCCGGUCGCCGCGCCCUGACGUCACGUCCGGCGCGCUGCCAAGAUGGCGGCGGCGC